UUCAACUCGUGUUUCUUCUGCCAAUGGCUUGUUAAGUCGUCCUUUUCCCGUUUAAAAAUAGAAUAAUUUUGAAUAAUAUGGCGGCUUGUUUGGUGCCGGAUUUUCCAGCUGUAAGGAUUGCCUUAGAACAUUUGGGCGAGUUAGAUAAACGACUGAGGGAAGAAGGUGUUUCAUUUAGUCAAGAAGCAAGUCAUCACCUGAGAGAGACAGCUGAAGCCAUUAAAGAGCUGGAAUCUUCUAGAAAAACAGCACAUGAGAAACUUGAGGUUGAAACCAUUGAGACGAGCAAGCUUCGACAUCAAACAGUUAACCUACAGGAUGAUAUCAAGAGUGAAAUAUCAGCUUGUGUAACUGCAGCUAGAGAAGUCAAUGCUGCAGAGUUGAAUCGACUUCAAACUGAGCUGAAAUCUGUAGUAGAUGACAUACAAUCCAUGGAGGAGAAGCAACAACUCCUUGAACAAGAAAAUGCUGUUCUGUUUCGGGAGAAAGAAAACAUUAAAGGAAACUAUGAAGAUGCUGUUGAUCAGAUGAAUCAGCAGCUGUCAAAGAAAGCUGGUUCACAGAUACUGCUUACAGAAAAACAGAAUAAGAUCCAAUCACUGAAGGACAAAACUGCCCAGGUGGAAACUGCCCAACAGGACCUAAAAGAAAACAUGAUUCAGAAGAGGAAAACAUUUACUGAAAGCAAACGCGCUGUGGGAAAGGAGAUUGAGAAAACUGUUCUUAAGAUGAAAGAACAAAGAAAAAUCAAUGCAGAAACACGCAGGGAGAUGGAUAUCAUUGCAUCAGAACUCCAAGACAAAGAGGAAACGGUCAUACAGUGUGAAAAAAAUAUCUCCCAGUUGGAGAAAAACAUCGCUAGACUGACUGCAUCUAAAAUAAAGUGCAAAGAAUGGCUUCAUGAGGAGAUCAGUAAGACAGAAGAACUUGAUCGAGAAAAGGAGCUUCUUGAGCGAGAACAGCUUGAAUUGGCAGAAGCAUUUGAACAGAAAGUUCAGGCCAUUCAGGAGCAGAUGAUAGUAAUUGAAAAUGAGAUAAAGGAAGAACAGAAAGUGAAAAGUGCUCUGUCAGAGCCCCACGCUAAACUGUCAGACAUCUUCAACACUCAGAGGAAAAAGGAAGAUGACAUGAUUGCUGAAAAACACAGUCUGUCCAAACGGUUAGAGGAGAAUAAACGGAGACAUGAUGAAGACAUUAUAUCCAUUGCCAAAUGUAGAUUUGAAAUCAAAAACAUGAAAGAAGAGAUGAGACAGCUUCAUGACGCUAACAUAAUCAGUGCAGAUAUGUUCAGAAAAACUCUGGAGGAACUGGAAGGUCAAUUGGCCAAACAGAACAUGAGCAGGGCAGCAAUUGAAGCUGAGAGAGAGAAAAUAUGUCAAUCUCUGAAAACUCUUAAAGAGGAACAUGAGGAGUAUGUAAGGGAGAUGAAUGCAUCCAUCGAACAAACAGAGAAGAGAUAUGGAGAGCUUCUCGAGGAGGAGAAGAAACUGCAAGACCAUAUAUUAUUGAAUUCAGUGAUAAAGGAUCUUACAGAAGAGCUGGCCAACACUGAAGAAGAGGGGAAACAAAUGGAAAUGAACUACCAGUCUGAAAUUCUACAGCUUACUAGGGAUUCAGAAUCAAUCGCUCAAACUCAUUUGGAGAAAGAACAGGAGCUCAAGGCCCAGGAGUCGAUUUUAGAGACAGUGGAGUCUCAGUUAGACACUGAGCAUUUUAAACAUCAGACUUUAAAGAACCAAAUAACAGAGUUGGAAACCCAAAAAGAACAUCUUGAGCUCUCUAUUCAGGAGGUCACAAAGCAGACUGCGGCUCUCCUACAGCCAAAGGAUGAUUUGAAGAAAGAGUUGAUGACAUCGAGGGCCAAGCAUAUGGAGAUGUUAACUGCUAACGCUGCAGACAUCAGUGCAGUCGAAAAAAGCAUCUAUGAGAACAGGGUCAUGCUUGAGCAAGUUACGAUGGAAAACAGUCGUCUGCUUGUGUACAUUGAACAAAUGAGGGAGGAAAUAUUGGAUGCAGAGAAAGACAAGGAAAGAUAUAUGCAGGAGGCCAAGUGGAUGACAGAGGAAACACAGUCCUUCUUUAAGUGUCUAAUAGACAGCUGGACCACAGAUAUGGUGCUUACUGAGGAAUCUGCAGAUCAAGACCAGAAGAUAGUGGAGAACAUAUACAGUCUCAUAUUAAGGAUUCAGGAAAGAAAACAUCACAUCGGUGACAUCAACAACAGGCUGGAGAAAGAGUUAGUGGGCAUAAGUUCCUUGUUAGAGAAGCCAAACUAGAAAAGUCAGGAAAUAAACACUUAUACUUUACAUUAA